AAUGCAUGUUUAGUGCGAGUUCCGCGGUGCAUGUUCGGUGCAUAUUUAGUGCAUGCUCAGUGCGUGUUCUGCGGUGCGUGUUCCGCGCGUGUUCAGUGCAUGUUUAAUGUAUAUUUAGUGCGAGUUCUGCGGUGCGUGUUUAGUGUGUGUUCCGUGGUGCAUCCUCAGUGCAUGUUCCGCGGUGCAUGUUCAGUGCGUGUUCCGCGGUGCGUGUUCAGUCACAGCAACCCGUGUGCGUUCGGAGCCUCUGGCAGCUCAGCCGGGGCAGCUCGCUCGGGCCCGGCGCUGUGCUCCUCCGUGGUGCAGCCGGGAAUGAGAGCCAGGGGCGCUAGGGGUGGCUGCAGGCACCUGUGCUCCCCCUGCUCCGCUAAAUCCGACUCCGCUUUGUGGAAAUGGAGGGUGUAGCGCUCGAGCUGACCCAGAGCAGCAGGCUGUCCAGUCCGGUUUGCCUCCACCAGCUUUUGGAGGUGAUUCUGUCUCUUUCACCUGCUUAAGUACCGCGUGUAAGAAACCACAAUUUGGAUUAACCAUUAACACCUGUGCCAACUCUGCCUAAAACCAAUGUAGAACAUGUGACAUCUCUCAUCUUCAGCCUAAGAAAAGCUGCUGGAAGAGAGAGCUUGUUCCUCUGAGGACUGAAGUAGCUAUUUGCUUUCUGCCUGUCUCUGCAGCUCAAUCCCAAAAGAAUCUAGAAGAACAGAAUGAUUUUGUUGAACAUUUGCUAAAGCCAAGUGCAAAACCUCCCCCAGCUGAGCCAAGUUUAACUGAGGAUCGUCCUCCGGAACUUUCUGCUGAGUUUCCAAAAUUGUGCACUUCUGUACGCGGGGAAUAAAAGGUCUGUGCAGUCCAAAAGCUUCUCGCCACCUUCUUCCACCUACGUCUCUCAAGUAUACGCAUGGCUGUGCUUCUGGACUUACAAUCAGAUACAAAUCACAACUUUUCCCUGUAUACCAGAGUGCUUGGACUUGCCAAGGCUUCAGUGAAAUACGGACUUUACCCAUCCAAGAGAAGUAAUAGAUCCCCGAUGUAGAAAUAGCUCGGUCUCCAUUCGCCUUCAGCCUUUUUCCUGAAGUGGGUGGUGAGGAAACACAGACUUGACCGUGCGAAGUGAGGCCUCCUGGGGCUUUGAGCACCUUAAUUCCCCAGGUUUCGUUGUGACUUCUUUUGGGCAGAGUAACUGGAAGGCCCAAGGAACCUUCCUCCAUCCACACAAAUAGGUGCUGUGUGUAAGGGGGAUGCUGGGGGCUGAGGAUGGGUGACAUUCCUCUCCUGGUGUGGGGAGCUCAGGUCUACCCGCCUGAUUCUGUCUGCACAACUGGGGAGACAAAACACCCACUUGUGCUUCUGCACAGACCAAGUGGAAAGCGAAACCUUGAGCUAAAAUAGUCCUAUAGUAGCUGAAAGUGUUCUGUUCCUGUAAAGGCAAAGCAGUUUCAGUCUCAGCUCUUGCUAUGGUGCCAGCUUCUAACAUAUGGGCACUGGACUCCAGAUUUGUGCUUACCUGCCUUGUCAUGGGUAUCAAGUGGGAUGAGAAAGUACCUACUGAGAAUUUCCAUGAAGCUUAUAGAAAUAUUCUAUACAUAAAGGGAGUAGAUAUUUUUUGAACACAAACUGUAUAAACAUAGGGUAAUUGGAAGUAUCUAUUUCAUUUGAUCUGUUGUCAUUCAUUCCUCUAAGGCAGCACUGCUGGAUCUGCCCUUUCGAAUCCAUAUUACUGAAUAACGCAGCUAUAUCCCAUUUGUCCCUGUGAAGUUCUUUUUCUGCUUACUUACACCAGGCCAUUAAUGUAUAAAAACUGUAAAUAAAAUUUGGCUACUUUCCCCAAAAUGUAUUUCACCCCACAUCUCCUCUGCAUGCUGGUAUAGUUUAUCUCUUCUAACUGUUCCCUCUGGGCCACAUUCAACAUUCAUCAGAAAACUUACAUUUAAUCCAGCAGUGUUUGUGUAAGGCAUAUAUACAUUCUCGCAUAUUCCAGAUAUGACAGAUAUCUUAAAUUCCUUCUUUAAGACCCUUUUCAGAGAAAGUCUAUUAUACUGUUGCUGUAAUGAAUAACGUCUCCCUGACUUCUAAUAAACUAUGUAUUUUAUUUGUCUGAGUGAGCCCAUAAAUUCUUUGGGGCAGGAGGAAAGGGCAUGACCAUGACCCUUUUUGUUUUUUUCCAAGAGGAAGCACACAUUUCCUGCACAAAAUAGCAAAUGGAGCCAGUUGCCCAACGCUUCCUAUGACGAGACACCUUUCAGUUGCUCACAGUUCUACCAGACUGCCCUGCAAUGUGCGAUCUCAGCCAACGGCCUCAGUCCCUCCUCGGGAGCCUGAAAGCCCGAGACGUGUUUCUGAGAUCCUGAUACCGCAGUGAUAAGUGCUACAGAAAGGCCCAUGAAUCAUUCUGUCGCAAAGCCAGUCAGUGUGCUGUAUAUAAGGUGGGGAGGUACACACUGAACACUGGAGGGGAAGCGCAGUAUUGAACAGCACCCAUCUGUCUCUGUGUGCUGAAUGAGGCCUGGGUUCUCCGCAAAAAUUAAGUAAUUAUGCAAUUAAGAACUCUGCCAUAACGUAUAAACAGCAGGAGGCUAAUACUGCCCCACGAGCAUCUCAACUCCUGGCAUUUUCGUAGUUUUAAGUGCUUGAGUUUGACCUGAAUAAUUUUCUUUUAACUUGUUUCUCUGUGUGUGUAAUAAAUAAUAGAGACUAAUGCAAACAAUCCAAAAUGCAAUUAUAUCAUUGAGCAGCUCCAUGAAUUGCAUCUAUUACAUAGCAUUUAAUAGCUAUUACAUAAGAAAAGGAUUUCCGUCCCUGAAAAAUGAAUUUUCUCUAUUUCUCACUUUUUCUGGUGGGGUUUCCAGAUGGACACAACAGGGAAUAAGUUCUGUGGAAGUGUCUCUGCCAGAACCUGAGGAGGUUAAACCAGAACACCCCAGGUGUCCUCCCUGGCCGUGGCACCUGUGCAGCUCCAUCAGCAGUGAUUUGUUGUGGUUUGUGGUCAGCAACCUUCUUGCUGGUGCACUCGGUGGGGUUCAGUGGACUUUGGAUCAGGCCCUGGGCAUGAGUCGCGGACAGAAGCGUAAGGAAAGAUUGUACUUUAACAUCCCAUGCAGUCUGGCUGCGUGCGGCAUCAUCGCGACUUCUUACUGGAUUUCUGCCUCACUUUGUGUAAUGUUUAUCUUGAAAAGAAGUCUUUCAAGGCUGGCAAAGCAAAGAGACUUUUCAGGAGAGGGAAUGGCUGCUUCACGCUCGAGACGGCUGUCUGUUAAAUGUUAUAUUGAUGAUAAGAUCCUAAAGGAACCGGUCAGGGGCAUUCCAUAGUUGCAGGAAGCACUCAAGCCUUAAUCUGGACCACUUGUCGGGUAGUGAAAGGAAAAAGAAACAAUUGAGGGAGCAAUCCUCUUGGAAAACCAUCCGUGGUUUUAGGGGGAGCUCAGCAGGCCUGCAAGUGCUGGAGGCAGCUUUGAAAUCCCCAGUUUAAGACGGGCCAAUGAAGCUUUGUUGUUGAUGCCCCAAGGGAAAAGCCAAAUGCAGCGCUCAUCACAAUGUCAACGCGUAUCGAGAAUAAACUGAGAUUUUGCAUGGUUUGAUCUGUACAUCCUUUUCCUGCUUCCUUCUGCAGUUUUGGUGGAAACAAAACCGCUUAGAAGCCUGAAAACCCUGGGAACACUUUGGUUCUCAGACUCUGACAGCGUUAACCCUCUGCCCACUGGGGAGUUUUGCAGGCGACAGAGCAAUGAGGAUUCCCAGUGUGGAUGGGGAGCCCAUGGCGAGCAGAAAUCACGGCUCCUAAAAGCACGAACAUGCUCCAUCUAGGUGUACCUGAAAAAUUUUAGAUGACCUGAUGAGAUCAGACUGGUCUUUUAGGAAGGAUGUUUGCUGGUGUUCAGAACUGCUCAACUUAACUGGGUUGUGUGAAGUCGUUCCUGCCCACAGUUUCCACCCUAUGCCCAUCAUGUCCAUGGACAACUACUUCUGACUGUGUCUCUGGAAAAGAACUUUAAGCAACAUCAUUGUAAAUGUUGCUGACACUGUCCUUCACCGAAAAACACUUUCAAGACUUCUAUUCCUUGUUUUAUUGCUCCACCUUCUGGUUAACUGAAAUUUAUUUUUCAAGCAAGAAGUGGCAUGAGGAGGAAAUAAUUUUUAGCGGGAAAAUUCUCCUCUCACACAGGUGACCAACGUGCUUCAAAAGGCCGGUUCUGCCCAGGGGCACCACGGGCACCGGGCACGGCCCCCGGGAGCUGGCGGGGGUGACGGUGUCUGGGGAGCCCGGAGCUCCAGCCUGCCCCGGGGGUGGCCUCGGGGGACCCCCGACCCUCACACUGUGGACACCAGCGCGUCACCAUUAUCAAGUGAAACGCUCAGCGCCAGGUUUAUUCGCCGCCCGAAGGAGCAAGCGGGGACCCGAGCCAGCCGCCUCCCGAGCGGGCAGGGGGAACAGCCGCUGGGCUCCGGCCGCCUUCGGCUCCGCUCGGGACUCUUCGGAGACUCUUCGGCAGCACUUCGUCAGCGCUCGGGACUCUUCGGCGGCGCUUCGGUGCUCCUCGAGACUCUUCGGUGCUCCUCGGGACUCAGGAGCAAAUCGGAGGAGGGCGUGCGUUCCCGCCUUGCACCGCUAGCGCGUGCCGCCCGGGUUGUCUGCGCCUGCGCGCCGGGGCUGAGCGGCGGGCAGUGGCGCCGGAGGUGGUCCGUCGGUCCGUGCGGGGACACUGUCGUGUCCGAGGGACCGGCCCGCGGGCGCCUUCGGCUGCCGAAGUGACAGCUGGCCCUCGCGGAAGCAAAGUCGUCUGGCGUCGUGAAGAGGGCGGCCUGUGGUGUGUCGUGAGAAGAGAAGAUGACAGGAAGAGCGAGAGCCAGAGCAAGAGGAAGACCUCCGGGACAGGAGGCUGGGAUUCCUUCUGUAGGAGCUGCAUCUGUCCAGCAGGCUUUGCCAGGUCAGCUGCCUGGCCGUCAGCAACCUCAGCAGCCACAUGUUCCUCCGUCAGUAUCAGAAGAACCUGGUGGCCGUGGACGACAGAGGGUCCCUCAGGGUGUUCCACAAAGCCAGGAUGUGAAAAGGCCAGAAGGAUUACAGAUUUCUGCAGGAUUUCAGGAAUUGUCUUUAGCAGAUAGAGGUGGACGUCGUAGAGAUUUCCAUGACCUCGGGGUAAAUACUCGGCAAGCCAUAGAGCACGUUCAAGAAUCAAAAACUGGUUCCUCAGGUCUUGCGAUAAAAUUAACUACAAAUUACUUUCGUUUGACAUCUCGACCGCAGUGGGCUUUGUAUCAGUACCACGUUGGCUACAGCCCGGAGAUGGAAGCACGCCGUCUUCGAUCAGCUUUGCUCUUCCAGCAUGAAGAGCUAAUUGGAAAGACACAUGCAUUCGAUGGGUCAAUAUUGUUCUUGCCAAAAAAACUAGGGAAUAAGGUUACUCAAGUGUUUAGUAGGACCCGAAAUGGAGAGGAUGUGAAGAUAACAAUCACAUUGACUAAUGAGUUGCCACCUAAUUCACCUACGUGCCUGCAAUUUUACAACAUCAUCUUUAGAAGGAUUUUGAAGAUGUUGAGUUUGCAGCAGAUUGGACGUAAUUAUUACAACCCCAAUGACCCAAUCAGCAUCCCUAAUCACAGGUUAAUGGUUUGGCCGGGCUUCACAAGUUCUAUCCUCCAGUAUGAGGAAAGCAUUAUGUUAUGUACAGAUGUGAGCCACAAGGUUCUUCGCAGUGAAACAGUGUUGGAUUUUAUGUACAGUCUGUAUUACCAGGUUGAACAGCAAAAAUUUAGAGAUGUCUGUGCUAAAGAGCUGAUAGGUGUAAUUGUUCUGACAAAGUACAAUAACAGAACAUACAGAGUUGAUGACAUCGACUGGGAUGCCAAUCCACAAUGUACCUUCAGGAAAGCAGAUGGUUCUGAGAUCAGCUAUGUGGACUACUACAAAAGGCAAUAUAAUCAAGAAAUUACCGAUUUGAACCAGCCCGUCUUGAUCAGUCAGUCUAGGAAGAAGAGAGGAAACUUGAUGCCAGGACCUGUGGUUCUAAUUCCAGAACUGUGCUUCUUAACAGGAUUAACUGAGAAGAUGCGUAAUGAUUUUAAUAUGAUGAAGGACUUGGCAAUUCAUACACGACUGCCUCCGGAGCAAAGGCAACGUGAAAUUGGAAGACUCAUUGACUACAUCCAUAAAGAUGACAACGUUCAGAGGGAACUCCGAAACUGGGGUUUAAGCUUUGAUUCUAAUUUAUUAUCCUUUUCGGGAAGAGUUGUUCAAGGAGAAAAGAUCCUUCAAUCAGGAAAUGUGUUUGAUUACAAUCCUCAGUUUGGUGAUUGGUCAAAGGAAAGUAGGGGAGCUCCCUUAAUCUGCGCAAAGCCUCUGGACAACUGGUUAUUAAUAUACACACGGCGCAACUAUGAUGCUGCUAAUACCUUACUUCAAAAUCUGUUUAAAGUCACGCCAUCUAUGGGAAUCAAAAUGAACAAGGCAACUAUGAUUGAAGUAGAUGAUAGAACAGAAGCUUAUUUAAGGGUUUUGCAGCAAAGUAUUACCCGUGACACAAACAUAGUAGUUUGUAUUUUGUCUAGUUCCCGAAAGGAUAAGUAUGAUGCCAUCAAGAAAUACUUAUGUACGGAUUGCCCCAUUCCAAGUCAGUGUGUGAUUGCUCGCACUUUAAGCAAGCCUCAGAGUUGUAUGGCCAUAGCAACAAAAAUUGCCUUACAAAUGAACUGUAAAAUGGGUGGAGAACUUUGGAGUGUCGAGAUCCCACUAAAACAGGUAAUGGUUGUGGGCAUUGAUUGUUACCAUGACACUAUAGCUGGAAAGCAGUCAAUUGCAGGAUUUGUUGCUAGCAUGAAUCACACGAUGACACGGUGGUUCUCGCGCUGUGCUGUUCAAAGUUGUGGGCAAGAACUUGUGGACGGGCUUAAAGCCUGCUUGCAAACUGCUCUAAGAGACUGGUACAAGUGGAAUAAGUAUUUGCCCUCUCGUAUUAUUGUGUAUCGUGAUGGUGUCGGAGAUGGACAACUGAAUACUUUGGUUAAUUAUGAAGUGCCUCAAUUUCUGGAUUGCUUGAAGAGUGUCGGUAAAGACUACAAUCCAAGACUUACUGUGAUAGUUGUGAAGAAGCGAGUGAAUACCAGGUUCUUUGCUCAGUGUGGCGGAGGAGGACUGAAAAACCCACCCCCUGGUACUGUUGUGGAUGUGGAGGUGACCAGACCAGAAUGGUACGAUUUCUUUAUUGUGAGUCAGGCAGUGAGAAAUGGCUGUGUUUCACCCACUCAUUAUAAUGUAAUUUAUGACACUGGAAAACUGAAACCGGAUCAUCUACAACGUUUAACCUACAAACUUUGCCACAUGUACUAUAACUGGUCGGGUGUCAUCAGAGUACCUGCUCCUUGCCAGUAUGCUCACAAACUGGCUUUCCUUGUAGGUCAGAGCAUUCACAGAGAACCAAACCUGGUGCUUUCAGACAGACUUUACUAUCUGUGAAGUUAAAUUACCAGCCCAAAAAACUCAUGCAGUUCCUGCCCAGGGAAGGUAGCAUUGGCUGGGUGCUGCUGGUGUGGGGCUGGUUUAGCGUUUGUUUGUUUGUUUGGGUUUUGUUUUUUGGGGGGUAGGGGAAUGGUUUUUGUUGGUGUUUGGUGUUUAGUUUUUGCUUUUUGUUUUCUUCUUAGGAGGCGUGCAUGGGGUAAUCAUACGUGCAGGUGGGAAACUUUAAGUUUCAUUGUAGCAGGAAAAAACUAGAGCACUUGAAUAGGCCUCCGCUUGCUACAAAAACACUAAUAUUUUCUUAUUUAAUAUUUAUUUACUAAAAUGUUUGUGGGAUUCUUCACAGAAGGUGGUCAGUUGUUCUUGCUUUUAUUCAUGUUUUGGACAAGUCUUACACAGAAUUAUUUUUCAGCACACAAGUUCUGUAGUUACACAGACUGUAACCCAAACUUCUCCCGUUAGCACGUGACACCUUUAAUUUUCAAAAUGCAAUUGUUGCUUCCUUGUUUUUCUUGGCUGUUAAAACCAGGGCAAAAUUUUGUCUCCUAAACUAUUUUCUAUUUUGAAAAGGCUAUCAGCCAUUCUUGGUCAUCCAGGCUCUGUUUUCGGAUUGCAUUAAGCUGCAAAGCCUCUGGAAGGGUUUGUAAUAUUUUGCCCUUUUAAGUGACUCACAGACCAACUAGAAACUCUGGUGUGCUCACUGCUGUCUCGGGGGAGCAGAGCGGGGUGAAAUGGGACGUGUCCAAACUACCGUAGCUCAGGAUCCAGUUCUGUGUACACCAAAGUUUCAGGAAUGUCUCAGAGGCAAAACUCUUUCUUAAUCUUAGCACAGCUCCAGGAACACCUGGCUUAUCUAAAGCCACAGUGUUCCCCUUGGCCCAGCUGCAAUGCUCUUACAGGACCAACCUAUUGACGUGUUUGCUUAGUCUUACAACUUCAUAUUUGCUACAUAGUGUAAAAGAAUAGUUGUUUUAGACAACUGCAAAUUCAUAACUGGAACAAACUAAAUUUCUUGGUUGAGAUUUUCAUUUAACAAGCUUGCAUUUAAACAAAAAUAAUUUCCAUCAAAGAAUGCACUGUAGCUGGUUUUACUGUUCAUGGGUUUUUUUCAGUUGUGCAAUGCAAAGUGCUUGGGCCUUGGUUUGUGUUUUACUUCUAAGAUUUUCAUCAGUAAUUAUUCAGCAGGCGAAGUUUAGUUUGUAAAGCAAAUAGCAGUUGUGUUGAUAGAAGUUGAGUUCAGAUUUUUGCAUUACGAGACACAGAAUCAAACUAGUCCAUAUGCAAGAAUUUGGGUUAGUGCUGAUGUUCGAUGUUUUGUUUUGAUUUGUUUUUUAACUAACAUGUUGUGGACCACGUUCCUGUCUUUGUGAGAUUUAAAUAAAGUUGUUGCUGUAAUUCUUGCUCA